CUGGCAACCGUGGGCAGCAGCCGGAGCUGGAAUGGCCGGAGGUGGGGGCGGUGGCGCUGAGGAAUCUAAAAUGUCCACGGAGGCACAGAGAGUUGAUGACAGUCCAAGCACAAGUAGAGGAAGUUCUGAUGGAGACUAACGUGAAAGUGUUCAGCAAGAACCAGAAAGAGAGCAAGUUCAACCCAAGAAAAAGGAGGGGAAAAUAUCCAGCAAAACAGCUGCUAAAUUGUCAACUAGUGCUAAAAGAAUUCAGAAGGAACUUGCAGAAAUUAUGUUGGACCCUCCUCCCAAUUGUAGUGCUGGACCCAAAGGAGACAAUAUUUAUGAAUGGAGGUCAACUAUAUUGGGACCCCCUGGAUCUGUCUAUGAAGGAGGGGUGUUCUUUCUUGACAUUACCUUUUCACCAGACUAUCCACUUAAACCCCCAAAGGUUACCUUCCGAAUAAGAAUCUAUCACUGUAAUAUUAACAGCCAAGGUGUGAUCUGUCUAGACAUCCUGAAAGACAACUGGAGUCCAGCCCUAACCAUCUCUAAAGUUCUUCUCUCCAUCUGCUCACUUUUUACAGAAUGCAACCCUGCCGAUCCUCUGGUGGGCAGCAUUGCCACACAGUACAUGACCAACAGAGCAGAGCACAACCGGAUGGCCAGACAGUGGACCAAGCAGUACGCCACAUAGGGACCUGCUGCCUGCCGCCCUGCCGGACCUGUGCAAGCACAUUUACCAAGUGCAUC